AGUACUCACGUCUGCUGGUUUGCAUGUCAUGCAGCUUCAGCUCUGCAGCUAAGAGGCAGGAAAUCAGAUCUUUCAAUAGUUUCCCAAGAAAGAAGAGAAGUAGCUGGAAUGACGGACGGGGAGGCAGCUACUUCUGUAGAGCAUGGACACACAGUUAACAACUCCUGUGUCAAUCUGAUGUGCUACAAGGUCCUGAGUGUUGAAGAGAGGAAAGCCAUCGGCGCAAUCUGUUUCCUGGCGGGCCCUGUCACACUACUGGAAAAUGUUCUUGUGCUGGGGGUGAUUGCUAGCACAGCCACCUUGCGAAAGCGGCCAUCCUAUCUGUUUAUUGGCAGCCUUGCUCUGGCUGAUGUCUUUGCCAGUUGUUUCUUCACCAUAAGUUUCUUACACUUUCACCUCUUUAAUCUCAAAGAUGGCCCAGACGCCUACCUCUUCAAGCUAGGUGGUGUCACCAUGGCCUUCUCUGGUUCAGUGGGAAGUUUACUGCUGACUGCUCUGGACCGCUACCUCUGCAUCUACCAGGCCUCGACUUACAAGGUGUUGCUGACACGGCGCAGAGCCCUGCUGAGCCUUCUGAUUCUCUGGAGUACAAUCAUCUUCCUCUCCUUCUUACCUCUAAUGGGCUGGAGGUGUUCCACAGGUCUUACUCCACCUUGCUCAAACUUGUUUCCAUACAUCAAUAAGCACUAUCAAGCUUUCUGGACCAGCUUCAUCCUUGUGAUUCUGGUUCUGAUUUUGGGGGCUUAUGCUCUCAUCCUGUGGAAGGCCCACCGCCAUGAGUCCUCAAUGACCAGCUUCCAGGGAGCAGCAGGAAAAGGUCAAGCUCGCAUGAGGAUGGAUAUCCGGUUGGCUCGCACCUUUGGCCUGAUUCUGCUCAUACUAGUGGGCUGUUGGGUUCCUGUGCUUUCUUUCAUGCUAGUAGAUGUCUCCGUGAUCCUGACCCAUGACCAACAGCGGGCCUUUGCUUUCUGCAGCACCCUCUGUCUGGUCAACUCUUCAGUCAACCCACUGCUGUACGCCCUGCGCUGUCGAGAACUAAGAAUUGCUCUUUUGCGGAUGCUGCAAAAGCUGUGUUGCAAGGAAAGGUGUAAAAAACUCACAGAAGACUCAAGCCAUGGACUGCCCUCUGCAGAAGACAACUGUACUGCUUUAUCUGAGGAUGAGAUGCCCAAGGCCAGAACCACCAGACCUGACUCCAUUUCAGAAAUGGUGUACAGUCACCAGUUGACCAUGAGAAAGUGAAGGAAGCUGAACGUUAAAAUAAAAGAGAAGCAAUACAGUUCGUGAAACACUUGUUUUCACGACAGCUAUUAGCUAGUGAUCAACACCAUCACUGUAGAUCAGGAUAAAAUCUGUCUAUACAAGGAAAUGUCACUUACUGUUUGUUUUUUUUUUAUUGUAAUUGCAAAUAAGCUUGUAAAUAAGUAAACAACACAUGAUAACAGUACUUGUCAAAACAAAACACAAACCCUGGGAAUUACAAUGUGACCAUUACACAUUACUUUAAUUAUAAGAGAUUACAAAGUAUGUUGUUAACCAUUAAUCCGUAAUGUUAUUACCAGUUAAUAUGCUUAAAAUAGAAAAUGAUAGUUACACAGAGGACACACGAAGCUUUUUUCAGCAUUUUGCAAUAACUGCACCCAAAAGAUUUAAAUGGAAAUAAAUAC